AGUCAUUGCUCAGCACCCACCGUGGAGGGUGGCGGUGGUAGCCAUGUUUCGGCCUGGAGGGAAAGGCGGCAUCAAUUAUGGUGACAUUCCGCCAAACCAGACCCUCUAUGUGAACAACUUGAAUGAGAAGAUCAAAGUCCCAGAACUGAAGAACUGCCUUCUGGAGCUCUUCUCGAGCUAUGGAGAGGUCAUUGACAUUGUUGCAGCUGGAAGCCUGACAAAGAAGGGUCAGGCCUUUGUCGUCUUUAGGGAUAUCUCGUGCGCGACCAAUGCGCUGCGAGCGCUGAAUGGCUUUGUUUUCUUAGAUAAGCCCAUGAAGAUCAACUACUGCAGGACCAAGUCAGACAUCGUAGCCCAUGAGGAUGGGACUUGGAAGCCUCGCGCGAAGCUUGAGGCGCAGAAGGAAGAAGCUAAGAGGCCAAAGACCACACCAGCUCUUGUGCCGCCCAAGACUGUGGCGCCUAAGAUGGCGGCACAUCCUGCUGGGGGUGAUGCGGCAGACGGUCAAUCCUCCAACGUGCUGUUCGUGGAGAACUUGCCGGCAGAGGUCAACGAGGUCAUGUUGACAAUGCUCUUCAGACAGUAUCCUGGCUUCCAGGAGGCGCGACUGAUCAAGGGUCGCAAUGUGGCCUUCAUCGAGUACGCCGACGAGCUGCAGGCGCGGGACAGGUGUGGAUGAACAUGGAUGAACUGGUGGAGUGCCCGGCCAAACUGUGAGAGGAGGAGAUAAUAGGAUUGAACAAUGAGGGCCUUUAGCCGAAGCACAACGAACAAGCAAACCUCCCACACAGCGCCACUGGUUCCUCCAUGAAACCUUGCUCGUCAAAUUGUUUUUUGCAUUGGACCAAUUGGAGAUGGUGUUGGUCAGACGUGGAUGCUGUUCUGAUCCAAGACUCAGCGAGAAUGACGAUUCCGACUCACUGUUGCUUGGUUCAUUUUGUCCUUGUGACUGUCCCAUCCCCAACGAGUCUUUGUCCAUGCAACUUGUAGCUUGUGUAAUAGACAGGUCUCCAACUAGAGAAAGAUAUUAGGAAGAGACCCGUGUCCUCCUUGACACCGAAGUUGAGCGGUGUUUUCAAUUUGAGCCCGCUGAAGCACCAUCCGG